AUGGUGAAAUAUUAUGAAUAUUCGCAUCCAAUAAUCAAUGAAUCCUUACAAGUGCGGAAAGCACGUAACAGAAACGAAUCAUAUCGUCAAGCACGUAAAUUUAAAACUUUAGAAGAAUGGUACAAUGUAUUGAAUGAUUAUGAAUAUCAAUCCCGGUGUCCCAUUGUAUUGAAGAAUUCACAUAGGAAUAAACAUUAUACGUUUGCCUGUCAGAGGAAAAGUUGUCCCUUUAGAAUAUGGAUUGGGUAUGAAUAUUAUUUUCCCGCUGAGGAAAAUGCACAUGAUCCAUGGGCGGAAUAUCGAGAGGCAACUAGGUUAAGGACGUCAUUGGAUGAUGGGGGGAAUGGUAAUGAUAUUGAAUGGGGGAUGGAGGAUGCUAUUGAUAACGCUGUUGCGUCUGUACGUGAUCCGACUAAACCUGAAGGAUCAGGUGAUGAAGAUGAUAUGGCAGAGUUUUCGGGUAAAGGGUUUUUCGUUAUUAAUAAGGCUGUUUUGAAACAUAAUCAUUCUUUGAGUUCUAAUUUAAGUUUGAGUCAAUUGGUUUUGACGAAGACUGUGAGAAUCUUACAACAUGAUAUGAAAUUUGAUCAAGUAUUGGAAAGAUUGUACCAAUGUGAUGAGGAUGGGAGUUCUUUAAUAGAUUAUAAGAUUCCCUUUUAUGUAGAGAAUUCUGGUUUGUUGGAUGUUGUGAAGAAACGUUAUGGAUUAUCUGAAUUUGAGAUAGAUAAAGAAUUUGUUAAAAAUAUUAGUAGACGUGUCACGUCGUAUAAGACACGGUUUAUUGCCAAGAAGAGAGAAGAGGAGGAAGAGAUGAGGGAACAAGAUAAAGAUUUUGAAGGUCGAUUAUUGAAUGUUCCUAAGAAGGUGCGUCGUAAGAGAAUUGAAGUGUUUCGUGGUGAAGAUAAACCCACGACGAAGGCCAAUAUUAUACAAUUAAGUAACACAUCUGUGGAUGAUACCACCCAUGAAGAAAUGAUGAUAACAAUGAGGGCAAAACGUCAUGCAGAGACGGAUCAAUUUGAGAGUCCAGUGAAGAGACGUCAUACGACGAGCUCGGACUCGGAGAGUAAUAAUAGUUCGUACAAGGAUACUAAUGAUAGUGUAAGGAAUGAAGAUGAUGAACAUAUUUUACCCUACAGUGCGACGCUACAACUUAGAGUCUUGACAUCUGGGUUGAACGACAUUCAAUCGACAAACACUAAUGCUGAACCCAACAGCAGCCGAAUUAUUCCGUGA